AUGUCAAUAAAGAAGGAGCCAUCCGAUGAAUUAUCUGUUAAAAUCAUCCUUAUAGGUGAGCUUGGUGUUGGGAAGACGUCGAUGGUCCACAAGUAUUGUGAAUAUACUGGUGAGAUGAAAGAGAUAUUAACAAAGUCGAUGAUUUUUCAAAACAGGAAGUUGAAAUUGAUUUUCAACGACACGUGUGGUGCGGAACAAAUGUCGACUGUCACGUCUGCUUUAUAUCACAACUCGUGUGCUUGCAUCUUUGUGUAUGACGUCGCGAACAACGAUACGCUCCUGUCCCUUCAAAACUGGGCGGGAGAGUUAAAGCGUUACGGACCGGACAAAGGUAACAUCCCAAAAGCGUUGUGUGGGAACAAAUCAGACUUAACUUCCGCUAUUAAUGAGUCCGACUUCAGAGACUUCUUGACUAAAAACCCUAUGAAGGAUUUCAAAGUGUGCACAACCACUGGCGAAGGGUUGGACGCGAUGUUUAACGCAAUCCUUCCUGACGCAAUCGAAGAGUGCAUAAAACAACUCACACAAAAGGGUAAAACUGUGCCACCUCCUAUUAAAUCGAAAAAACAGGGUGGGAAGUGCGCCUUGUUCUAA